CGUAACUUACAUACCCUGAUAUUAAUAUUGUAUUUGGAAAUACCCGUUCUCACUCCGUACAAUAAAAACCUUUAAAACUGAAGCAUUAGUAAAUAUUUCUUAUCGUCAUUUAAAUAUUGGUGGCUUACUGUAACGGAAAAAAAGAAUGUUUUCUCCAGAGAAGUCUGUGCGCGAAUCGAGUAUUGCGAAAUUGAAGUUCAUUUCUGGAGCACAAGUAUAUCUAGGUGUUGGUAUAUUUGUUUGCGCCGUAAUAGCAGUGACGAAACAAAAUGAUUAUUUGCAUUUUUUGCGUUACUACUUUAUUGGUGGAUUUACAUGCGGAAUAACGGGUGCACUAACAGGCAUUGGUGGCAUAAUGACCGUUUACAAAGCUUCUUCUUACAACGGUGACGAUGUCGUGUAUCUUCGGAAAGAAGUAAAAUGUACCGCAUGUUUACAAACGGUCUUUGGCUGCAUUUUUGUGAUCAUGGCUAUUCCUGGAAUGUUGAUGAAUACAGUAUUUCUGGUACAAAGCAAUGUUGAUGACGAAUACAAUGACGAGCAUAAGACGCACGUCAUAUUAUCAGCAUGUAUUUUAUCAGGAAUUGUUCUUCUGCUACUAAUUACAAUCCUGUCACUUAAAACCAUGGGCUACCAAGGCAACAAUCAGAGAAUGUAUCAUGCUAAUUACCCAAACACGGUCGGAGGACCCCAGAAUUAUCAGGGCCAGUCUCCUUACGCUCAGCAACAAGUUUCCACCACUGGAGUUUAUAACCCAGGUUCGAAUUCCCCACCUUAUGCUCCGGCUCCACCAUUUUUCGGCAUUGGACAGAAUCCCACACAAUAUGGUGUCCAGCCAACUUUUGUUCCGACAGCGCCACCACAGCCAUAUUCAUACUAGCCAUAACUUGAAAAUAUAAUAACAAAUAGUGGAACAUUGAAACUGUCAUCGUAAUAUUAAUCAAAGCACAGCA